AUGGAGAAAAUAGAAAGAAGGUAACAGAUGAAUAUCACAGAAUUUAUCAUUUUGGGGUUUGGGAAAUUUGGACAAUGGCAAUCUAUCCUCUUCUUUGUUUUCCUAGUGGUUUAUAUUGUAGCCAUGGCUGGAAAUGUUCUCAUUGUAAUUUUAGUUGCACUCGAUCAACAUCUUCAUACACCCAUGUACUUCUUCCUGGCAAAUUUGUCAUGUCUAGAGACUUGCUACAUCUCAAAUAUUGUGCCUAAGAUGAUGGUGGGCUUAUUGACUGAGAAAAACACCAUUUCCUUCAGUGGCUGCUUUGUGCAAUUUUUUUUCUUCUCCUGCUUCAUAGGAACUGAAUGUUAUCUCCUGUCCGUAAUGGCAUACGAUCGAUAUUUAGCAAUAUGCAAACCCUUGCAUUAUGCAACAAGUAUGAAUGCACAAAUCUGUGUCCAACUAGCAGCUUCUUCAUGGAUAAAUGGCCUUAUAGGCACUUUCAUUGUCUUGAGUUUAAUUUUACAGUUAACAUUCUGUGGACCAAAUGAAAUUGAUCAUUAUUUUUGUGAUACUGUUCCACUAAUAAAACUUUCCUGUAGUGACACCAACCUGGUACAACUUACAAGUUGUAUCCUUGCCUUUUCAUUUACCCUACCACCUUUUCUCCUCACCUUGACUUCCUAUAUAUACAUCAUAUCUACUAUCAUGAGAAUUCCUUCCACCAUUGGGAGGAAAAAGGCCUUUUCUACGUGCUCAUCUCAUCUGAUAGUGGUUUCUAUAUUUUAUGGAGCCAUCAUGGUUGUUUAUAUGUUACCAAAAUCUGAAGCACUUAAUGAUAUGAACAAAAUUUUCUCUCUCUUAUACACAGUCCUGCCCCCUGUUGCAAAUCCUCUCAUAUAUAGCCUGAGAAAUAAGGAGGUGAAGGAUGCCAUAAAAACUGUAUCAAGGAAGCUUAUAUCCUCCAGAGUUUACAAAGGAAUGUUAGAAUGA